AUGCGUGCUGGUACAAGUGAUCCAGGCCGUGAACUCGAAGACAUGACGUCCAACGAUUCCGGCGUGGAGAGCAGCACGGACAACGACGAUUGUGCCCAGCCAAAGUUCAACAAAAGGCUUGUAUCGUCUGCUGAGAUGUCCCUAGUUCCGGUGCGGAGGAUGAAGAACCAAGAUUUUCCAUUAUCCCUGUGCCUCAACUCUUUAUCCGAACCUCCGAUUGUGUUCGCGCGACCCAUGCUCAACGAGAUUCCUGGACGUACGUUUAAGUGCCUGUUCGAGUUGGCCAACCCAACAUUUCCGGGCACGCUGGAUAGGUUCCAAUCUUGUCUGACUCCCAUUCAAGAGUACACGGAAAUGUUGAUGAAAAUGGAGAAGAAAGAUGGUUCUACUCAGACUAGAAACAAUAUUGGCCCGUGCCGUGUCCACUCAUGUCGUGGUUACGUGAGGUCAAAUGCUUUUCAGUCCAGAGAUAGUCACAAACUAUGUCGAGCGGCAAAUAUGAAUAACACUGAACUACUGGAGCAAUUUCUCAAGAAUGGUGUUGAUCCAAAUUGUUGGGACAGUAGGAAACGUACACCCUUACAUUUGGCCGCAAGCAAAGGAUAUGCAGAGGCUGUGGGAUUGUUAUUGAAGUACGGUGCCAAUCCGAAUAUAAAAGAUGCUUUGGGAAACAAUCCAUUGCAUUUGGCUGCUUGUACACAUCACAUGGAUGUAGUAACAUUACUCUUAAAAGGAGGAACAGAUGUAAGUAGCUGUGAUGCCCAAGGCCGAAGUCCUCUACACUUGGCCCAAUCAAAGUUACGUCUAUUAACUCAUUGCAAAAGUAACGUUUGCACAUCGGUCAAGCAGACAGUAUUACAGGUAAUUGAAAUGCUGCUAGCGUAUUUUGACAAAAAAAACAGCUCAGAUGAAGCAGAACUGUUGAACGCCUUUCAAACUAGAUUACAAAUAUCAGAUACAGGUGAAAGGGUUAGCACUGAAAUUCAAGACCUUUUAAAUAAUUUAUCAACAUUAAAACUAAAUAAAUAA